AUGUCAGGAGCUCUUGGCCCACCGCCUUCAUCGGAAGGUCUGGACGCCUUGCGAGCGGCCAGCAGCAGCGGCAAGGACAUUCAAGCUUCGUCAUCCUCAAUUCUACCUAGCGCUAGCCAGAAUGCCGGUCCCUCGAGAGGUUUGCCUCAGUUGCCUAGGCGAGGCUCUGUUCCGAGUGCCUCAAGCGAAGCGCCCAAACACCGACCUUUGCCACUCGCAGCCUCUGCCCAUGCCGUCUCUCCAGCACCGAUAUUAUCUGCAUCGCUGGCUGCAGCCAGUCCCAAUCAUCCAGCCAAUCUGAGGAGGUAUGCAAAGGCCGAGCUGGACAGCAAAUUUACGCUCAAGAGCUACGUUGGAGCUGCGUACACGCUGUACGAAAAGGCGGAGAGUGAUUAUAGGCAAAACGAAAUGGAACGAGCGUUUGUGAAUUAUUUGAAAUGCGCAAAGUGAGUGGGCAGCGAUGAGAGAUGCGCUGCUGAGGCGAGACGUUCGAGGGAGCAUGUCGCCACGCGGACGAGUCGUCUCUACUUUGUGCUGCAAAGCAGACGCCGAGGCAUUGCGCAAAGACUCUUCCGGGGAGCAGAGGCUGCUGCUGAUUCUCGCAUCUUCCCCCCCCAGAGUGGCUUCGCAGAUACCCAGACACGCGGAAUGGCCUACGAUCUCUCGUGUGCGACAGGAUGGAACACGUGAUUCGUUGUACAAGACUUAUCAGGACUUUAUGCAGGUAGGUGGUGUUUGCCCAAAAGUGGCGGAAUGUUGGACAUGCUGACCCAGCGUCGCACGUACAGAAAGUACCUGGCAUCAUAGAGAGGACGGAACGCAUCGAGAAACAGCUGCAAGCGCGAGAAGAUGCUUGCGAAGCAGCUCGCUCUGAUCAGGCAUCAUCAACAACAGCGUCGCAGUCGCAGCCAGAGCAAGUGGCAAGCGAUGUAGAUGCAGGUCUGAUCAAGAGUCAGGCCGCAGCUCCUCACGAAGACGUCGAGCUGGUGAAUGGGGCUGGAUCUGCACCCAGGGAGGUGAACUCGUUGGCGGACCGUCUCAGCGCUCUGAGAUCCAAUGGCAUGGCUGCUGCUCGACAGGGCGACUCUGGAGUUGGUGCCUCGGGCCCGAGCUCGAAUCGCGCAUCAGCCGUACCCGCGCUUGGGAGCGAAUAUGGACACAGGCGAGAUCCUACAGAUGGCGACGUGGCUUCCCGCUUGCCCCGACCCGCCACACCAACGCAUUCGCCGCGAGCUCCCGCGGAUGAUCAGUCAGGCCUUGCCAGCCCAGUGCUGCGGCCGAGCGAAAGCUGGAGCGCUCCCAGCAUGGGCUCCUUGAUGGGACGCAUCGACACGAAUUCUGGUCGGACAACACCGACUCAAAAGCAAGAGUCGCCGACGUCGGUACAUUUGCCGACUGUGAGCGAGUUUACGAGCUCCUACCCUGCAUUGGAAGACUUUGAAAGGGCUGGACUCAGCGAGCAUGAUCAGUCGCGCCACCAGAAUGGCUCAGCCACGAGCGCACCGCCAAGACCGCUUCCGCCUCCGCCAGUCUCUCACCCCGCCGGUCCCUCGAGGCCGCCGUUGCCUCUGCCUGCAGCGACAUCUGUCGCGGGAGAGUCCACCAGCAUUGGACGCCCAGAUGACGCCGAGCUUCCACCUCUUCCACGUUCGAAUCUCAUCACAGUGGAGGAGCUGUGGACGCUCUUGCAUCCGGGCUUUGCAAGCGUCAGCGUGCCAGCGGCCGAGGCAGCUUCCGAAACCCCACCGCAAACGAGAAUGGUGCGGAAGCCGGGCCGCACAGUGCUGUUGUUGGAUGUACGCAGCCGGCAGCAGUGGACAGAGAAACGCAUCGCGGUGCCCACGAGCGCAGGCACGUGCGUGCGCAUCGAUCCGAUGUACAUCAAGCAGGGCAUGUCGUCUGAGGAGAUGGGCAGCGUGCUGGCUGCGUCAGGAGCAGACUCUGCACAGCGCGAAGCUUUCGAGAAGAGGCACACUUUUGAUUUGGUGGUGCUGUGCGACUCGUACAGUCGCGGGCUCGUGCCGCAAUCGAAUCUGCCCCCUGCGGUCGUGGCUGCGGCGGAGAUUCUAAACGCGAUCAACACGGCAAUCUACGAGCGCGAAUUUGCAAAACCGCUGCGUCACCACCCGGUGCUGUUGGUCGGUGGCGUGGAAUCGUGGUCACGAAAGGUCGACGCUUCGUAUGUCGCAGGAAGCAAAGGGGCUGAUGCGGGAUCCGUCGAUGGUGCGCAGGCUGCGCACCCUCAACAGCGGCGCGAUAGCCAGCCUCGAGACGACGAUGCGAGACGACUGCGUCGGCAGGGCUUGAUAGUUCCUGAAGGCAUGGCGCCACCCGCGCUGGCGAGCUCGACGGAUGGUUCCAAAGCCGACGCAGACCAACUGCCUUCUCGCCAAGCUCUUCCGAGCUACGCGCCUCCAUCCAUGCCUGUGCGGGCUUACCAGUCGGGGUACAGUUCUUCCAACGGGCCUCCAUCCUAUGCGCCUCCUAUGGGCGCCCCAGCUUUCCCGCCCCCCGCAUCUUCAGCGGUGUCCUCUGGUCGCUCAUCGAGACAGAGCGACUACCACGCGAGUCAGCCGCACAUUCCAUAUGGCGAUCCAGCGAACCAACAUGCGACUUCGCGAGUCAGCGCCAACUUUGAGUAUCCGAGGUUGCGCAAUGGGCAUGCCGGGGCCGUGUCGCCGCACGACGAGCGAUCGAGCGGACUCACACCGCCACCCGCGGCUGCUGCUAGCAACGGCAUGUCCUCUUCUUCGCGCGCGGCGCUGGCCGCUCAUGGGCACGGACACACGGGCUCGCUCUCCGUCUUGCCGACUUCGUUGCAGUCCGGUGCAGCUUCUCAGCACGCUGCGAGGGGCUCGAUGGAUCUGAGCCGCAGACCGCCUCUCGGUGCGUUGGGCUCCUCGCCCGCGUCGAAACCUUCUGCCUAUGCUGCUGGCGCGCCGUCCUCGCCCUCUGCCACGCCGGCGUCUGCAAACGCUGCCAAGCUCAGCAACGACGUGCGCGUGGGCAUGACGGGAUUGAAGAAUGUGGGCAACAGCUGCUACAUGAAUGCCACGUUGCAGUGCUUGAGUGCGACUGUGCCUCUGGCGAGGUUCUUGCUUGGUGAGUUGUGUGCGAGCGCGCGGAAGUCGCGAUGGCGAUCGCGCUCGCUGACUGGUCACCGCUCUAGACGGCUCGUACAAGCGCGCCAUCAAUCGCGUCAACCCUCUUGGCACGCAAGGAGCGCUAGCAGAAGCCUUUGCGCAGCUGAUCAGGGUAAUGUGGUCCGAGUCGUACACCUUUGUGUCGCCAGUGACGUUCCGCGAAGCGAUCACUCGAUUCGCACCAGCUUUUAGGGGCUACGACCAGCACGAUGCGCAGGAAUUUCUAGCUUUCCUCUUGGAUGGCUUGCACGAGGACUUGAAUCAUGUGGUGCACAAGCCUCCUCCUGUAGAAAUGACGCCGGCGCGAGAACACGAGCUGGAAACGCUGCCGCAGCAAAUCGCGAGCGUCAAGGAGUGGGGAAUCUACAGGCAGCGCAACGACAGCUUUGUUGUGGAUUGGUUUCAGGGACAAUUCCGCAACAAGCUGACUUGUUGCACAUGCGGCAAAGUGAGUUUGGGGAGGCGCUAGGUGCAAAGACCACCGACUCAUGAUGUUUCUACGCAAUCACAGACAUCGACGACGUACAAUGCCUUUAUGUACCUUUCGCUGCCCAUACCAACACCGCUCAAUGGCAGCAAGGGUCGCGUCACCUUGCAUCAGUGCUUGGAUGCAUUUGUGAGGGAAGAGGUGAUGGACAAGGCGGACGCUUGGCAUUGCCCUGCAUGUAAAAAGCCACGAAAGGCCAUCAAGAGGUUGACCAUCUCGCGCCUGCCGCAGGUGAGCGUCGCGGAAAAAGUUUCUGCGACGGGAAGCAAAUACUGACGACGCGAACGUUUGCGACGCUCUUACAGAUCUUGCUCGUGCAUCUCAAGCGCUUCGCUUUUCGCGCAGGCACGGACAAAGUGCAGACGGCCGUCGACUUUCCCAUCAAUGACGUGCUGGAUCUGACCAACUACAUGCCUUCGCACGCUGGCAUCUUGCCGCGCGGCGCACCGGUCAGCGCAUCGCAGCAGCCGCCGUACUUGUACCGCCUAGCGGGCGUCGUGCAUCACUUUGGCACGCUCAAUACGGGUCACUACACGGCUAGCGUGCGCAGUCAGGGUCAGUGGCACUAUGCCGACGAUUCGAGAGUGGUGAAGCAACCCGAUGUUCGCCAGUUGCAGAGCAGCUCACCUUACAUUUUGUGGUUCAGUCGAUUGCCCAAUAGCUAG